UGUAAGCCAUUUUGUCUAAGGCUGGCUUGCAACUUUCCCAGAGAGCAAGGACGAUUUUCUAAGCACGGCGCGAAGCUGCUCCUUUCUCUUCUUCUUCCUGCUGCUGCUGCUGCUGCUGCUGCAUGCGAGGUCGAGCCGCAGGCUAGCCCGCUCGCUCGCCCGCCUGCCUUUUGCCCUCAAAGAUAGCAAGGAGAUGUAGCCGGACGAAGCUGCGUUUGCUCGCCAGGCAAGGGGGGGGGAGGGCAAGGGAGGACAAUUAAAGAGCUUUGCAGACACAGAAAAGGAGAAGAGCUGGCGACAGAGCGUGUCGUGGACGCAGGGAUUGUCCUCAAAUUCUUUCGCCAGGAUUCCUCGCUGGGCUCCGGGAGCUGGACUUGGUGCCUCCGGCUGGGGCAGCCACCAGGAGUGCGUGUGCCGGGGCGAAAGGAGAUUAAGGCUGCCCUGGGUUCCUUAAAACUGCAGCUGCACCGGGAUCCUUUGGGUAGUAGCUGCGGAGAUGCAUAGAGAGUGAUCCCUCUCUCUCUCUUUUUGUUUUUUUGCGGCUGGUAUCACGUUAAGAAUUGAGGCUAAGCCCUAAGUCCUUCUCUACCCCCUUUCCUCCCACCCACCCACCCCCGCUCCGGUUUGUCUGCUUGCCUGCCUGUCUCUCUUCAUAACAUAAGAUUUUUAAGGAAUUGGGCCACUUAAAGUUGCUGCUGGAAAGCCGCCCUGAUUAGUUGUCUCUCUGUGUUUGUCUCGGUAUAUGUGUGUGUGUGGGAACUGAAGAAGAGGCGACUCGUACAAUCCAAUGUGUGCAGCCUUCGCUGCUGCUCGAGUUGUCUGCUGCAGCACUUGAAACGUGACUUCCAACAUUGCAAAAAAAAAAUUGCCCUUUUAAUCCUUUCUCCCAUCUUUUUUUCAAGAUGUAAACUACAUCUCGGACACUACAGGCCUACAGAUCGCUUUGGUGGCUUGAAAAAAGAGAAAACGGGGGGGGGACAACAAGGGUGUCUUUUUGUGUAUAGGGUGUAAAAUUUCCAUUAUGAAUGUUUCUCUAAAGUGAUUUUUUUUUUGUGGUGGUUUGCUUUGGAUUUGGCUUUUUUUUCUUCUGUUUGACCUCGCAACCCAACCUAUUUUGGAUUUAUUGCACGGAGACUUGCAUUGUGUGCGAAGAAAAUCGGAUUACAAGAAACCACUAUAAACAAGAAACAAACAAACAAACAAAAAAGGAUUCCCCCUCCCUCAAAAUUGGUUGCGGCUUUUAAUUCAUGAAGCAAUUGUCCCCAUUUGCAAUCAGAAUCCGGAUAUCAGAAUGAGCAAAGAAAGACCCAAGAGGAAUAUAAUUCAAAAGAAAUAUGACGAUAGUGAUGGAAUUCCAUGGUCAGAAGAGAGGGUGGUACGAAAAGUCCUUUAUUUAUCCCUAAAGGAAUUCAAGAAUGCACAGAAGAGGCAGCAUGAUGGCAUUAAUGGGAGUCUCAAAGGGGUAAAUGGACUCCUUGGUAAUGGCCCGUCUAAAGGAUUAAGGCCAGGGUCUGAACAGCUAGAGAAUGAGAAGGAUGAUGCAUCGCAAGUAUCCUCAACUUCCAAUGAUAUUAGUUCUUCAGAUUUUGAAGAAGGGCCCUCAAGGAAAAGGCCAAGGCUGCAAGCACAACGAAAGUUUGCUCAGUCUCAGCCCAACAGUCCCAGCACAACUCCAAUAAAGAUAGUUGAGCCAUUAUUGCCCCCUCCAGCAACACAGAUCUCUGACCUCUCCAAAAGGAAGCCUAAGACAGAAGAUUUCCUUACGUUUCUCUGCCUUCGAGGUUCUUCUGCCCUGCCCAGCAGCAUGGUAUACUUUGGAAGUUCUCAGGAUGAGGAGGAAGAGGAGGAAGAGGAGGAAGAAACUGAGGAUGCAAAAGUGACCACAAACAACGCUUCAUCUUCAUGCCAGUCUACUCCUAGGAAAGGGAAAACACAUAAACAAGUUCCUAAUGGAUAUGUCUUCAAUGGAUCCAGCAAAUCAGUGAGAGAGAGGGAACCUGUUCAAAAACACAAAGUCAAAGACACAGUGCCAGCAAAGGAACGAAGCAGUGAACACAGGUCUGAGAGUCGAAAAGACCAGGCUGCUGCUAAUCACCAUUCUUCAACAAACAUGGGCUUUUCCACAAAAGGGCUCACUGCUAAUAACCACCACACCCUUCAUCAAUCGGCUCAGGAUUUAAGGAAACAGGUUUCAAAGGUCAACGGUAUCACUCGAAUGUCAACUCUGAGUGCAAAUACAGCCAGUGCCAAAAAGAUGAGAGACGUCAGACCUUCACCGUCCAAAACUGUGAAGUACACUGCAACAGUGACUAAAGGAACUGUCACAUACACCAAAGCCAAGAAAGAACUGGUCAAGGAAACCAAACUAAAUCACCACAAACUCAGUACACCUGUCAACCACACAAUCUCAGGGAAAAUGGAAAGUAGCAAUGCAAAAACCCGUAAACAGGUGCUAUCCCUUGGAGCGGCCAAGCCUAACAAUACAGCUAUUAACGGUGUCAAGGUCAAUGGCAAGUUGAACCAAAAGACAUGCACUAAGGAGGUAGGGAGGCAGUUGAGGGAAGGGCUGCGCAACUCAAAAAGGAGGCUGGAGGAAGCAAACCAUAUAGACAAAAUACAGUCACCUGUCAAGAAAGUGAAGGGAGCCACCAACGUGGCCGAAACCCCAAGCAAAAAAGCGCCAUCCGUGGAAAGACCUUUGCUGAAUGGCCAUGUGAAAAAGCCCGGGAGUCAGGAAGUGCCACAGAAUAGUCUGGAAAGGAAUAGGCCGAAAAGAGCUGCUGCUGCUGGGAAGAACACGCCAGGGAAACAAGCACAUAGCAAAACAGAAAAUGCCUCCUGUGAACAUUAUUCUACCUCUCAAACAGAGUCCUUGCACAAGCCACAUGACUCAACAGGGAAGCACGAGAAAGGUAGCGUCAAGUCCGGGUGGGCCACGAUGGAAGAGAUUCCUAUUCUCAGGCCUUCCCCCAAGGAGUUCCAUGACCCAUUGAUAUACAUUGAGUCAGUCCGUGCUCAGGUUGAGAAGUAUGGGAUGUGCCGGGUAAUCCCUCCGCCUGACUGGAGGCCUGAGUGCAAGCUGAAUGAAGAGAUGCGGUUUGUGACCCAGAUCCAGCACAUUCACAAACUCAGCAGGCGCUGGGGGCCCAAUGUGCAGCGUCUGGCCUGUAUCAAGAAGCACCUCAAAUCUCAGGGCAUUACUAUGGAAGAGCUUCCACUCAUAGGAGGCUGUGAGCUAGACUUGGCCUGCUUUUUCCAGUUGAUCAAUGAAAUGGGGGGUAUGCAGCAGGUAACUGACCUCAAGAAAUGGAAUAAGCUGGCAGAUAUGCUGCGUAUCCCCAAAACUGCACAGGACAGGUUAGCAAAACUGCAGGAAGCCUAUUGCCAGUAUCUACUCUCCUAUGAUUCCCUCUCUGCUGAGGAGCACAAGAGACUGGAGAAAGAAGUUCUCCUUGAAAAGGAGAUUCUGGAAAAGCGGAGGGGUCCUUUGGAAGGACAUUCAGAUAACAACCAUGAAUUCCAGUCUCUGCCCCGCUACGAGCCCAAAAACGGACUCAUCAAUGGCGUUGUUCAUAAAAAUGGCUUCCGGAACAAAGCAAAAGAAGUUGAGGUCCCUCAAAAAACAGGUAGGCGGCGACUCUUCUCUCAGGAAAAGGAGACCACAAUGGAAGAAGAAGAAGAGGUUGGUGUUCUUUGUGACCUCCACAAGUGUAUAUACAAGGGAAGGUCUGUUUCUUUAACAACUUUUUACCGAAUAGCAAGAAACGUCAUGAGUAUGUGCUUCAGUAAAGACCCCACAGCAGCAGAAAUAGAGCAAGAAUACUGGAGAUUAGUAGAACAGAAGGACUGCCAUGUAGCAGUGCACUGUGGAAAAGUGGACACUAAUACCCAUGGCAGUGGCUUCCCUGUGGGAAAAUCGGAACCUUUUUCAAGGCAUGGAUGGAACCUGACAGUCCUUCCUAAUAACACAGGAUCCAUCCUGCGACAUCUUGGUGCUGUGCCUGGAGUGACAAUUCCUUGGCUAAACAUUGGCAUGGUCUUUUCUACCUCAUGCUGGUCUCGAGACCAAAAUCACCUUCCAUAUAUUGACUACUUACACACUGGUGCUGACUGCAUUUGGUAUUGCAUUCCUGCUGCAGAGGAGAAAAAACUUGACAAAGUGGUACAUACCCUGUUGCAAGCCAAUGGCACUCCAGGACUGGAAAUGCUUGAAAGUAACGUCAUGAUCGCCCCAGAGAUAUUGUGCAAAGAGGGGAUCAAGGUGCACCGUACUGUACAACAGAGCGGGCAGUUCGUUGUCUGCUUCCCGGGAUCUUUUGUGUCAAAAGUAUGCUGCGGUUACAAUGUCUCUGAAACUGUGCACUUUGCUACCACCCAGUGGACAAGCAUGGGUUUUAAAACUGCCAAGGAAAUGAAGAGGCGACAUAUACCCAAGCCAUUUUCAAUGGAAAAGCUGCUGUAUCAAAUUGCGACAGCUGAAGCCAAGAAAGAAAAUGGUUCUGCUCUGAGUACAAUAUCGGCCCUUCUGAGAGAGCUCAGGGACACAGAAUUGAGGCAGCGGCGGCAGCUAUAUGAGGCCGGUCUCCAUUCUUCAGCUCGCUAUGGGAGCCAUGACAACAGCAGCUUGGGAGUGGACGGGAAGAAAAAGCCUCGAAAGUGGCAGUUAGAGACAUCCGAAAGAAGGUGUCAGAUAUGCCAGCAUCUCUGUUACUUAUCCAUGGUUGUACAGGAAAAUGAAAAUGUUGUCUUCUGCCUCGAAUGCGCCCUGCGGCAUGUAGAAAAACAGAAGUCUUGUCGUGGAUUGAAACUAAUGUACCGUUAUGAUGAGGAACAAAUCAUCAGCUUAGUCAAUCAAAUUUGUGGCAAAGUAUCUGGCAAGAACGGCACCAUUGAGAUCUGUAUCAGCAAGCCUACACCAAAAAGAGGCCCGCGCAAGAGAGCAACCCUUGACGUGCCAUCAUCAAGACUUUCAUCCUCCAGUUCAUCCAAAAGUGCUUCAAGUUAAUCAUGAAGAUGCCAACACUCUCUCUCAUUUUGGUCGAUUUUAUAUAUAUUUUUUGUAAUUAUAUCAUAGUUUGGAGUAUUGCUGUAGAU